GCUCUGGACCGAAGCACUGAUCGAUCUGGGAGAUGCUUCACAAGACUGGCGCCAGCGCACCUCCGUUGCCCAGCGACAACUCCUCUGGCUGGAGGAUGAGCUCAAAAAAGCAAACACUGCGGAGGCACGUGCUCAGCAACCCUGGGUCAUCGUUGCUGGCCACAGGCCUGUUUACUGCUCCUUGGUGAGGCCCACCUGCAGCAGCGAGGCCGCCGCCUUGCGCUCGGCUCUGGAACCUCUCUUUGUCCGGUAUGGGGUGGACCUCUACCUGGCAUCCCAUGUUCACGCCUACGAGAGGACCUUCCGGACGCUGAAUGGAUCUGUCUGCAAAGCCGACAGCUCCGUCGACGCUUCCUGCGGGCCCGUCAGCAUCGUGAAUGGAGAUUCUGCAGAACCUCCUCUCCAGUAUGAUGACAUGCCGGCUCGAUUCACAGUCAAGCGUCACCCUGGCCAGUCUGGCUAUGGUGAGCUGAUCCUGCUGAAUUCGACAGCCAUCGAGUAUCGUCAGCUGGAUUCCGUCACAGGAGCCGUGAACGACCAGUUCAUCAUGGUGAAGAGCUCCUCAAACCAAGAGCCUCAAGAGAACUUUCUCGAGGCUGUUGGUUGGCUGGCCUUUGCCACUGCACUGGUCACGUUUACCUGCGGGUUUGUCAAAUGGGUCCACUCGGAUGGCUUGAAGCGCCGUGACGAGGCGUUACGGCACCUUCGGACAGAGAUAGCA